CUACUACUCUCUCUCUCUCUCUCACACACACACACACACACACACGAGAUGCAGGCGGAGGCGGCCGUGCGAGAGGUCUUCUCCCUCUAUAAACAGUUCGGCGAGGGUUCAUAUAUUGGCGAGCAGGUGACGCAGGCCCAGCACGCUCUGCAGGCCGCCCACCUCGCCCAGAAGGAAGGCUGGCCUCCUCAGGUGGUGCUUGGGGCGCUGCUGCACGACGUGGGUCACCUGGUGGGUCAACGGGACAACCUGGCGCCCAUGAUGACCAAGGGGACCACGCUCGGCACGCCGCGGCACGAGGUUGUAGGCGAGGAGUACCUGAAGGGCCUCGGCUUCCCUGAGGAGGUUACGAGCUUUGUGAGGAACCACGUGGAGGCGAAGAGGUUCCUUGUGGCCACGGACCACGAAUACUAUCAAGGCCUCUCUGACGCCAGCAAGAUGACCCUGACACACCAGGGAGGACCCAUGAUGGAGGGCGAGGUCGCGGCCUUUAAAACCAGUCCCCACUUCAAGGCCGCCGUGCGCAUGCGUGGCUGGGACGAGGCAGCCAAAGACCCCAUGGCGCAGACACCCGCCCUGGAGGAGUUCGAGGCUCUGUGUCUGGCCUACCUGAAGGAGGCGGCGAAGAAGUGAUGGAAACUAGUACGAACGUGGGAUGCAUAGUAGGCUAUCAAUACCAUGCCCAUCCACGAAGCUGCAUUCUAAUUUUACAGCAGGGAGGCAGCUCAAGGGGAAAAACUAUAAAAAAAAACAAUGCUCCGAACAAAAGAAAAGAAUGAGAGGCCAGAUGAGAGGAUGUAGGCAUGCAAGAAAAGAGGCAUUAUAAUUCCAUGCAGGUUUAUAAAGAGGGCACAAUGAACACACUGAGGCAUGCAUGGAGCGUUCAGUUUACAAGAAACACAACCAAGACAAACUAGGAACACUGAAGCAUGCACGAUACGUAGGUUAAGCGAACUAUAAUAUACAGGAAACACGACUAACACUGAAGCAUGCAUGUUACACUGAUGGAGAGUACAAUAUACAAAAAGGAAACAACUA